AAGCGAUUGCUGGCUAGCUGGUUUCGUCGUCGAUGUUUGUAUAUAUGCCGUUCCAUUCUGUAUUCUUUCUUAAACAGCUAUUAUUUUCGCAAUUGUUCGUGGUUGGAGGAAAAUGGAAGUCUGACCUGUCAAAUCGUGGAUAGCAAAUAACUUUUUCGUCUUAAUUAAUAGUCAAUCAGUGAAAAGUUGAGUAUAACAAUAUAUGUAGAUUGCGGCAAAUAUAAAAAAACUUCGAGUAGUCAAUCUACAAUUACUGCGGUAUCAAACGUCAGCAACGUAACUUUGAGAAUUAAGCAGUGUUAAAUAUAAUUAUACGAAUGGAAAUCGCUAUUUUUCUAACCGUGGAGAGUGAAGUAAAGUGAAAAAGUGAAAAACAUGAUACUGCCCCCAGGAAGACACGAAACUUAAUGUGCAGCUACAAAAACAGGACUGAAUUUUCCGAAUAAUCUAGGCAAGGCUGCUCAUUGUCCACUAAAGUUUUCAUCCCUUUCUAUCUCUUUGAGUAUACCCACUCGGCGAUCAGAGAUCUAGCAUUGGCCAGGUACUCAGCACAGUAUUUGUAUGCUUUCUUUCACUGUAGUUGAAUAGUGCUGCAACAACAACAGUGUGGGGUGCAGGUUAUGUGAAUGUAUUUAAACUUCAUCGGAAUAAUUCGUUCCUUUUCAAUUAUAAUUUAUUUUAAAUUGAUAUUUAGCAUGUUCAUAUGUACCCUAAAAUUCCAAGCUAAGGACGUUUGACAUAUGUACAUAUGCAAGGACUCACAUCCGUAUAUGCGUUUAAUUAAAAACAUUCACCUUUGCAUCGCUCCGAUAGUAGCUACAAAUCUUGAAUGGAAUCUAUGUAUACAUAGCUUUAUAUGAGAAUAAAGGGAUUUCUUCUCAAAAUAUUGAUCGGUCCAAAAUAACGCAGAAGAAAAAUUGUUCAAUAUGAUGAAAUCAACUCAAACAACGCAUUGUAGCAGUGCAAAUCUCUACUAUCAACUAUUGCAGCGAGAACUGAACUUGUGGCCUCAACGUAAUCCCAGAAUUUUUUCAGGGCAUUUGUAUACGGAGCGCUAUCGAGUGGCAAGGAAUUUAUUCAAGACUGAUUUGCGAGCUCACUAUGGUUGCGUGAAUGCAAUCGAAUUUUCGCAUGGUGGAAAAUAUCUCGCAUCAGGUGGGGACGACAAACGUGUUCUUAUAUGGGAUGUUGAGAAAGCCAUCGCCCAUCAUGGCCGGCCACGGGUGCUGCAAACGGAGCACACAAGCAAUAUAUUUUGCUUAGGCUUUGAACGUUGCAAUCGUCUUAUCCUGUCCGGUGGCAAUGAUGAUCUGGUUAUAGCACAUAACUUCGAAACUGGAAAACUUAUGAACGUCUACAAACACAAUAAUCCUGUAUAUGGCUUAUCUAUCGAUCCGAGAAGUGAUAGUAUUUUUGCAACAGCUUGCGAGGAUGGCCAAAUUUUGGUAUUUGACCAACGUGUUGGCGCGGACGAUCCUUUAGUGGUGGCUCAACAACAGACCUCAUUUCAUGCAGUGGAAUUUCAUCCUGCCGGUGGAUAUUUUUUAGUUACCGCUAAUUCCAAAAAAGGUGCUGCCUUCUGGGAUAUACGCAAACCGCAUCAUCCUGUUAUACAAUAUGGAGGUUAUGUUGAUGAGCCACCCAGUUGCAUGAGUGCACGGUUUAAUACGAAUGGAAGUCUUAUAUUGGCACUCCGACGGCGUUUGCCACCCAUCCUUUAUAAUACACAAUCACCUGAACCAGUGUGUACAUUUUUUCAUGGAAAUUAUUAUAACUCAUGUACCAUGAAAAGCUGCACAUUUGCGGGGGAAUACGAUGAAUUUGUGUUAUCUGGUUCAGAUGACUUCAAUCUCUAUGUGUGGCGUGUAUCUGAUGUGAAUUUGGAGAGAACUGAUCAGUGGGUGGAGGGUACGCAAAUGGUCCUGUAUGGGCAUCGUUCCAUUGUAAAUCAAGUACGUUACAACCGUCAAAAAUGUCUGCUGGCCUCUUCGGGCGUUGAAAAGAUUGUGAAGCUGUGGAGCCCUUUUGCGCAGAAGGAGUGGUCGGGUUCCUUACUUCAAGAAGCAACAUGCCCUGAAAAUCCGAGAGAAUUGUAUUCACCUCACAAUUACACUUCAAUGUCCACAUCUCCACAUAGUUGGUCGCAUAUGUCACAUGACUACAGUAGUCGCAAUACCAACGAAGAUCCACGUAUGAUGGCGUUCUUUGAUACACUAAUCCAACAGGAAAUCGAAGGCUGGAAUGCGGACAGUUCAACAGACGCAUCGCAUAGUUCCGUCGGCACUCAUUCAUGCUCCAGUUCGAAUGAUAAUUCAGAUAGUAGUCCAGAUGAUGAAAGUGAUGACGAUGAUGACGAUGACGAUGGUGGAGAUGGUGUUAGUGUUGCCGUUAAUGUCGGUGUGAAUGAAGAUGUCACAGGAAUUGCCGAAGAAAAUAUUGUUGAAAGUAGUAUUCCUAAUGGAAAUGUUGUAGUACGGGAACGUUCCACAAAUCGGGCAAAGCGACGUUUCAUUAGGGAAUGUAUGCAAGGUAAUUCAAAAAUUAAACGUUGUCAAUCAAUAUUAAGAAAAAAGUCCAAGCCUCAGCGUUUUGCCAACCGCAUCGCCUACUUAAUUGCCACAAAACGCAAUCGCCUGCGACGCUUAGCAAUAAAGGGAGCUUCCUUGGGUAAUAGACGACCUUACAAAGUUGUCAAAGUACGUAACCAUAGUUCUAGAAAACGCGAUACAAGCUAUAGUAAAACGAUCCGUACACGGUCUCAAAUCAAACGUCACCAGACGUCUCAUCGCCAGAGUCUCAGCUUUUCACGCAGAAAUAAUAUAACUACUGAUCCAGGUGCGUCAAAUGUGGCUAUUGCGUCUACCUCGAGAGCAGCGGCAUCUAUCCAGGCACUGAGUAAUAUGAACUCAGAAGUAACAAUGAUACCAGCGAGUACAGGAAACAAUCACCGUUAUCAGCGUAGAAAAUACAAAAGGCACUGUGUCUAUGAUACAUCAUCAGAUGAUGGCAGAGAACUUUCAACGUCUGUUUCAGCUAUUCCAAGUAACGCUCCUAGUACAAGCACUGGCAUAACCACGACAUUGAAAGACGACAUUAUUCGUUUACGACAACAGCAGCAACACAUCAUCGAUUCUGACGAAUACGAAGACGAUAAUGAGCCAUCGUCAUCUUCAUCGGCACGGCAACGACGUGGGCAAAACGUAGUCGAGGUAGAGGUCGAUCCAACCGUACAACCAACAAAAAAGUUGAAUGGCGUGCGUCGAAUCAAUGACGCUGCCGUUAUGGAGCGCAGUAAUAAUCGUAAUGAAUCGAAUAUUAAUUCAGAACGUCUGAUCAGUUUUAGCGUGGAACGUGUGAUCAGUGGACACUCUCCCACCCAAUUAGACUCUAGUUUGCAAAUUAGCACUGAAAAUCCGCAAAUGUUAUCCAGCGACUCAUCUUCCGCGACACCAAUCAUAAAUAAUACUGUGUCUGGCGCAGUAGAAACAACUCAACUACCUCAAAUGCAAAGCACAGAAUCAAUAUACAAUAUUUGCAAUAUUAGUGAUAGCAGUAUCAACAACAACAUCAACAAUAACAAUAAUAACAGUAGCGGCAGCAGCAUUAGUCAAAUGGUCAUACCAAAUCGUCGACGCCGCGCACACCUGGCUCUUUUGGACAACUACUCGAGUCAUUCGAAUUCCAGACUUUCUAACAGUAGUUUUCCAGACGAUGCAAUCGAGUCGUCAACCUCAUCUUCAUGCUGUGUCAACGACGUGGGUUCUGGUGCGAACGAAAACGGUUCGAAUGUCACCAAUGGUGGCAAUAGUGGCAAUGACGAUAGCAGGCAUGUCACACACAUUUAUUCAACACCUCUGAAACGCCGAAGGAUUGCUGUUGUCCCUACACGUGACGACGAGGCUGAUUCUGAUCCCGAUGUCGAUGUAAAGUGGAAUCACCAUAAUAACAACAACAAUAUAGUGCAUAAUGAUCAUGACUAUCCGAUUAGUAGCAACAGAAUCCGCAACGUCAACAGCAGCAACAAUUUCCAUCUCAACACAAUUGAAUCGAAUGGAAUAUGUGAAGGUGCCGAAACAUCAGAUACGACUGAUCCUCUCUUACAGAAAUCGCAUCAUAUCGGCAUUAACAACGGCAGCACUAACAAUAACAAUGCUAGUCACCAUAGUUAUGAAGUAAACGGUGCGCAAAGUACCUUUUCAAUGCACCAGCAAAAUGUCACUUUAUUGCUUCGUACGCCGGACAGCGGAAUUAGUAUAGGUGCCACUGUGACACCUGGGCAAGCGAGCAUCAUAUGUCCCAAUUCUAGUGAUUCGACGACUAGUCAUUGGCAUCACAGUAACGGUGGUUUAUCCAGCAGUGAAGGCGGCGCCACACCGACCAACAACAAUGGAACUGUGAGCACUCAUCGUAUGUUGCCACUUUGUGACGAAAACGCGAAUACGCCAAUGGGAUUGUUUCAGCAGAAAGUGGCACGUGUACGACGCAAUUAUCGCCAAAAAUUUUGUGAAGAGUCUGAUGAAAGUGAUUAAAUAGAACUGAACCAGAAAUAGUUACAAAAAAGAUUAACAAAUAAACAAAAAAUCAUGAAAUUUAAUCGAAAAAAAAGAUAUGCCCAAACAAAAACUAAGAGUAGUAGAGACUAAGAUUACCCUUUAUUUUUAUUCAACCACAGUUCGCUAGAAGCGUCUCACGUUUUCCAAGUACGCACAUGGCGUCCUGAAUUAAGCAAGAUUACUUAACCUGUACUUUAUCUGUAGACUAUGCAGCAACUCAUUAAUAUUUACUUACAUACAAAAACAUACUUAUUGCAUAAGAACAAUUCAAAAUUUAUGACAUUUUCUGUGAAUACCUAAAAUCGUAUAUACAUACAUACUUACAAAAUCAUUAAGCAUUAGUGAAUGCGUAUUUCUAUCAAUAAAAUAUAACGAUAAGUUCGUUCUAUCAAAACAAAAA